AUGUCAGAUACAUACCAGGUAAUGGCAGAUUUUGGAAAGGGGUGCUCAGAAAUUUCUUGUGGUGCAAAACUGGAUGAAUCUGAUAAGAAGGUUAAGACGCCGCCAGUUGAUUGCUCCUCCGAACCUCAAAUUCAGGAAGAUCCUGGAUGGUUUUGUGAUUUGUCUAGAGAUGAGAGUGAAGAGACAAGGGUCUUCCAAGAUACCGAGAAAAGGGAAGCCAGAGAAAGUUCUUCCAGGGGAAGAGAUCUUAGCAGAAAAGUUGCCCGAGGAGAUGUCGAUAGAAAAAAGUACUCCAGACGAAUUCAUUCCAGGUUGAGAGACCUCGGGAAAGGAAUUGGCGGGGGAAACAUCGACCAAGGUACUAAGGUCUAUCAAGACGCAUUCGAUCUAUCAUGGGAUAAUCAGGUUGAAGAAAAUAGGAUGGUACUUCGGAAUAUGUAUAAUAUGGAAGUGAAAAUUGCUGAAUAUGCUGCGUGGUCGUUACCUGACUUCCUUUGGAUACAACUGGAAAAUAAGCAUUCUGAGACCAUCAAGCUAUCUGAGAUGUUGUGGAAAUAUUGGGGAGAAAAUAAUAAAAUGUUCGGAAAGACUCCUUUGCAUCAUCUUCAAUCCCUCACACCAAGAGGUGUAAUGUCAUACACUAUCGAAGGACUCAGAAAACUCUUAUAUUUCAGGGCUGAUGACUAUCCUAUCGAGGGCGAGGUUUUGAAAUACCUCAAUUCCGAGACACUGUCUUUCUGCGCGACCAAUAAGCGCCCGAUUGACGUUGAGGCAGUCAAAAUAUCAAUGUGUCUGAUGCUUGAUGAGAAAUUGAAUAAGUCAGGACCUUCAAGUUCUAUUGAGGCAGCUAAGGACCCUUGUAAUCACCUCUUAGGCUGUUCAACAGUGACAGAACUUCCUCCAACGCCGCAGAUAGAUAUAAGAGUCUCUCAAAUUUACGUCUUCGUCGCUGCGCUCAAGUACUUUAUCUCCAAAUACCUUUAUUCUCAAAAUGGCCUCACACCAUAUACUUUCUGUACGCUCAAUCAAUUCCUAGCCUCUUCAAAUGCAAAGAGAGAUACAGAAUGGUAUGUUGGACUCUCAAACCGAUGCCAAUGCAAACUGGGGGUCCAUGAAUGGCUGGAGGAGUUCAUACAUGAUAUUAGCGCUCAAAACCUCAGAGCUGACAGAUUAAAACAUCCCGAACAUUACAGUAACUACGCUAAAAACAUACAAGAGGGCAAAACAAAAACUCCCCUUUAUGUGAUUUCUCGUCUCUAUCUAAAGUUCAUAGCCAAAAAGUGCUUCGGCGAACGAACCAGACCAAUGGGCAUGAUUUUACUCCAGGUAUUUGCCAUGAAGUGGAUGCAUUACACGACUCUACCUUUUGAUGAAGAUGACUGGGAGUUCCGGGCAGUCAUGUGCAGCUUAUCAGACAUGCCAAUUAUGGAUUUGACAGAUUACUUGGAGAAAGUGCUUCGCAAGAGAGUCAAUGGAAUUAUUCAACACUCGAUGGAUAGAUGA